GGAAAGUUCAGAGGCUGCUGGAUGAGUGUGUAUAAGUGUGAGUGUGAAAGAGUGAGCGAGCAGUUUGCGCUGGUGUCCUGAGUGUGUGUUUGAGCUCAGUCUGGGAGUCAGUGCAUGCGUGAGAUAUAAUGCAGCAGGUAUCAGUGCUGGCGCUUGUGCUCGCGCUGUGGGCUGGGGUCUCGCGCGCGGACACACCUGCAAACUGCACCUAUGAGGAGCUGCUGGGCACCUGGGUGUUCCAGGUGUCCAACGUGGGACAGGGCAGCAGCAUCAACUGCACUGCUCCAGGUCCUGCUGUGAAGACUGUCACAGUGACCCUGCAGAAGCUCUCAGUUGCUGUGGAUGACCUGGGCCACACUGGGUUCUUCACACUGAUCUACAAUCAGGGAUUCGAGGUGGUUCUGAAUGACUACAAGUGGUUUGGCUUCUUCAAGUACUCUCAGCAGGGCUCAGUGGUCACCAGUUACUGUGAUCAGACACUGCCUGGUUGGGUUCAUGAUGUUCUGGGGAGGAACUGGGCGUGUUUUACAGGAAAGAAGGUGCAAUCUCUCAAGCCCAAAUCCAGCAUCAAUCCUCCCCAUGCCCUCUCAUACAAUCCGUAUGUGCAGAUGUAUAAAGAGAACACAGACUUUGUGAAUAAGAUCAACUCUGUUCAGAAGUCAUGGAGAGCUGCAGUCUACAGCGAACACCAGACCCUCACAACCCAGGAGCUGCUACUGAGGGCAGGAGGGCUCUCGUCCCGCACCCCACAGCGUGUACGUCCCGCCCCCGUUACUGCAGAGACUCUGAAGAUGGCUGCUGGCCUUCCAGAGCGCUGGGACUGGAGAAACGUGAAUGGAGUCAAUUACGUCAGCCCUGUCCGCAAUCAAGCAUCAUGUGGAAGUUGUUACUCUUUUGCAACAAUGGGGAUGCUGGAGGCUCGAGUUCGAAUCCUAACCAACAACACACGCACACCUGUUUUCAGCCCUCAACAGGUCGUCUCCUGCUCAGAGUACUCACAAGGUUGUGACGGAGGUUUCCCGUACCUGAUUGGAAAAUAUGUGCAGGAUUUUGGAAUCGUGGAGGAGAGCUGUUUCCCGUACACAGCUAAAGAUUCCCCGUGUAACGUUCCGGCCAAGUGUCUCCGCUACUACACCUCAGACUACCACUACGUAGGCGGGUUCUACGGGGGCUGCAGUGAGACGGCGAUGAUGCUGGAGCUGGUGAGGGACGGCCCAAUGGGCGUGGCUCUGGAGGUCUACCCCGACUUCAUGAACUACAAGGAGGGGAUUUACCAUCACACCGGCCUGAGGGACGUCCUCAACCCCUUCGAGCUCACCAACCACGCCGUGCUGCUGGUGGGAUACGGCCGCUGCCACAAGACGGGCGAGAAGUACUGGAUCGUCAAGAACAGCUGGGGGUCCGGGUGGGGUGAGAACGGCUACUUCCGGAUCCGUCGCGGGACUGACGAGUGCGCUAUCGAGAGCAUUGCCGUUGCUGCUACGCCAAUCGCUCAGCUGUGAAGGGAUUGGCACCACUUGAUGGGUGUCUGUCUGAAAUUUGCUCCUUUUUGGCUUCAUGGCUCUGUGUAUAUUGUUUUUGGGAUGUUUAGACAUGUAAUCAGUCUAGUAGAGGUUUAAAAAAAAAAAAGCUCCAUGUUUUUCUCCUAACACGUUUUUAGGUGGAAAAACUUUUAUUAAAUCACAUGCAGUUAGCAUCAUGCUAAUUGUUGGAUUCCAUCCCUUGUCAGCAACAUUAGCCUCAUAGCCCCAGUGCUAAAGCUAAAGAAGCAAACUUCAAACACAGAGCUCAACUCGGCUAAUUGAGAGAGUUAGAAUAAGAAUACAUUGAUUUUGAUUUUUCUCUGCACUGUUGCUUAAAUUUGCUUAGUGCCUGUGUGAUGAGUCAGGAGGGGGGUCUGCUAACCUGGACCCUCAGUUUUAAGGGAAAAAUAAAUAAAUAAAUUCCUUAAUAAAGCUGAGCUUUAGAGAGCUGCAGAGCGUUUAGGAGGACAAGUUUAGUUUUAUAUAGAUGGUCGUUAGGAUCUCAAUUAAUCCAGGUCUCAGAUUUGCAUCUGAAGUUCUGUUUAGCAGUUUACAAUGUUUAACAGUAAGGAGAGAUUAAAAAGGGAUUUUUUUUUAUUGGUAUAUCUGCUGGUGUUCAGUCACUGCUUUUUCCACAGCCGUUGAACACUUUCUGAAGGGUUUCUAAAGUUUCUCAGGUUUCGGGUUCUGUUUAGAGAUCAGAUGUUUUUCGCAGUCUUUUGGGUUCACUUUGCCUUUUGUAAAUGUUUUGCACAUGCCGAUCUGCCUUUUCAGCAGUAGAUUUUUUUUUUAGAUUCCCAACUUUUACACUUUUAAUGUGUAGCUAAUGUAUUUUUGUUUUGUUUUUCAAAUGUCCAAUAAAAUAAAAGUUUUUUAAAGUGA